GCGUGCGCCUGCGCACGGGAGGCCGGAGGAGUCUUACCCUAAUGUAAGAUGGUGGCCCGUCUGGCUGUGGAACCCACCGAAAGCUGAGAGUCUGUCUCUCAGCCGUAAAGGUCGGACUCGCUGAAGCAAUCAGACUCGGUUCUGAAGAGUUUUUUCCCCCGACACUCGUUCAGUGGUCUCUCGUGAGGACGCGGCAGCGCGUGGAGUCGGCUAAGGGAAAAGCGAGGCAAGGCAGGCGGGUCUUUGAAGUUCUACAGUUUAGUUCUCAGUGCUGAACUUCCUUCUCCCUUAAAUUAUUAUAAACUUUUGCUGCUGUUUAAUAAAAGUGAAGAUGUCUCGCAGUCCUGACGCAAAGGAAGACCCUGUGGAAUGUCCUCUUUGCAUGGAGCCCUUGGAGAUAGAUGACAUCAACUUUUUCCCUUGCACCUGUGGCUACCAGAUCUGCCGCUUUUGUUGGCAUCGAAUUCGCACUGAUGAAAAUGGGCUUUGUCCUGCAUGUAGAAAGCCAUAUCCAGAAGACCCAGCAGUUUAUAAACCACUCUCCCAGGAAGAACUGCAAAGGAUAAAGAAUGAGAAAAAACAGAAACAAAAUGAGAGAAAACAGAAAAUAUCAGAAAAUCGCAAACAUUUGGCUAGUGUACGUGUUGUACAAAAAAACCUCGUCUUUGUUGUAGGUCUGUCUCAGCGCCUAGCAGACCCAGAGGUUUUAAAACGGCCAGAAUAUUUUGGGAAGUUUGGUAAAAUACAUAAAGUUGUCAUCAAUAAUAGCACAUCAUAUGCAGGCUCACAGGGUCCAAGUGCCAGUGCAUAUGUAACCUAUAUACGGUCGGAAGAUGCUCUCAGAGCCAUACAGUGUGUUAACAAUGUGGUGGUGGAUGGCAGAACACUUAAGGCAUCUCUAGGUACAACAAAAUACUGCAGUUACUUCUUAAAGAAUAUGCAGUGUCCAAAGCCUGACUGCAUGUACCUACAUGAAUUGGGGGACGAGGCGGCCAGCUUCACAAAAGAGGAAAUGCAGGCGGGUAAACACCAAGAAUAUGAACAGAAGCUCCUUCAGGAAUUAUAUAAAUUAAACCCCAAUUUCCUUCAACUGUCUACGGGUUCAGUUGAUAAGAAUAAGAACAAAGUGACGCCACUGCAGAGGUAUGAUACCCCUAUUGACAAACCUUCUGAUUCUCUCAGCAUAGGGAAUGGUGAUAAUUCUCAGCAGAUAUCUAACAGUGAUACACCUUCACCACCUCCUGGUUUAUCAAAAUCCAAUCCAGUCAUCCCCAUCAGUUCAUCCAAUCACAGUGCACGGUCUCCUUUUGAAGGAGCAGUAACUGAGUCACAGUCGUUAUUCUCAGAUAAUUUUCGCCAUCCCAACCCUAUCCCAAGUGGGCUUCCUCCUUUCCCCAGCUCCCCACAGACUUCCAGUGACUGGCCUACAGCACCAGAGCCACAGAGCCUCUUCACAUCAGAAACAAUCCCAGUAUCAUCCUCUACAGACUGGCAAGCAGCGUUUGGCUUUGGUUCUUCUAAACAACCAGAGGAUGACUUGGGUUUUGAUCCCUUUGAUGUCACUCGAAAAGCCUUAGCAGACUUGAUUGAAAAGGAACUGUCAGUCCAAGACCAGCCUUCCCUUUCGCCCACAUCUCUCCAGAACUCCUCGUCACACACUACAACCGCCAAAGGUCCAGGCUCUGGAUUCCUGCAUCCUGCUGCACCUACGAAUGCCAACUCUCUGAAUAGUACCUUUUCCGUCUUGCCACAGAGGUUCCCUCAAUUUCAGCAGCACCGAGCGGUUUAUAAUUCAUUCAGUUUUCCAGGCCAGGCAGCCCGCUAUCCUUGGAUGGCCUUUCCACGCAAUAGCAUCAUGCACUUGAACCACACAGCAAACCCCACCUCAAAUAGUAAUUUCUUGGACUUGAAUCUCCCGCCACAGCACAACACAGGUCUGGGAGGGAUCCCUAUAGCAGGGGAAGAAGAGGUGAAGGUUUCGACCAUGCCACUGUCAGCCUCUUCCCAUUCAUUACAACAAGGACAGCGGCCUACAAGUCUCCACACUACUGUGGCCUGACAACAGAACUGAGAGGAGAGGAUUAGACUCUGGGGUGCUUGCAUGGGCAACCGGAUUUUUGCAUGAUUCCUUUCUGAUUUUGCAUUUAAUGUAUACACCCAAAAGAGCCAACAUAAACGUUCCACAUGCCUACAACUAGUGUGUUACCUCAUAUAGCUGCUAAAGUAUUUCUUCAUUAGGCCUUUAACACAAUUUAUUAGCAUAAUAAUUUUGGCAUUGUUUCUCAUGAGUGAUACUAUUUUUUAACUCACACAAAUAAACUUGUAGUACUAAUUAAGAUCCCAGAUGAGAUUAGCUAGAAUUGUUACUUUGGCUCUAUUGUUGAAAAUAUUCAAAGAUAAUGGUAGUUCUUGUUUUCUGACUUGUGAAAAAAUGGUAAUAUCCUAAUAUAUUCAUGAGAAAUUUGGAAAUUAAGAAGAUAAUGUCUAUUGCAUUCUUUGAAUACUUGAGAAGAAAGAAUACAUAUAAAACAAAAUUGGUGGUGUCAUUUAAUGCCCAGAAGGAUGUUAUCAGUAAUUGUUUGUAGUUGUAUGGAUUUAUGUCCUAUAUUAUGCAUUGCCUGUUUAGAAACUGUUUUUGUUCUUUCUCAUUUGCACAUUUGCACUUUCUUUUUGAAUGGUUGUUAAUUAUAUAGAGACGCUUAAGAGAUAAUUAUUAUAGACUAAAUGCAGUAUAAUCUCUUUCCUAAUGCACUGCCUAGUAUACCAGGAAAUGCCUCAGAAACAGAAUUUCAACUUAAAAUUGAUUUAUCAGAAACUUGAAUAUGGGGUAAAAUAUUGUAUGUGAGAAGCAACCAUAGUAGUGUAAAACUUUUAUUGAAAAAAUGGUAGUUCUGUGAGAUAUUUGUUUGGAAAUUUCAUUGUUUCACAAUUGAAAUGUGAUAAUAAAACUAUAUGACAAGUUCCUGACCAGAAUGAGACUAAGGUGGAAGAGAAGAGAUUGGGGAUCCUCUAAAAUUAGGCCACGUAAGUUGUCAUAGGUAAUUUUAAUCACAGAGAAUAGUGGUGUACUUUAUUAGGAUAUAAUGUGAAGUGAUUUUUUGGAUAAUAAACAAUUUCUUGAAAUAGUUUUAAAGCUGAUAAUGAAAGAAAAUAAGCUGAGUUCAGAGCUGGUUCAGAAAACAUGGCUGUUCUGCCUAAAUUAAGCAUCUGGGAAGAAAAGGGAAAGUCAGAUCUCCUCUUGGGAUUUUCAAAGGACAACUGUGAUAUAAAAGAUAUGCCUUAAUUAAAAAAAUAUUAAAAGAGUAUCAUGAAUAACAAAAAAGGAAGCCUAAAGAUUUAAAAUAAUAAUGAUGAUGAUGAUAAUAAUGAAACACCUUACUGGGAACUGAUACUAAUAUCAUGUUGGAGUUGGAAUUUUCAGGGUUACCUCUCUACUAUGUAAAGUCUAAUAACUUUCCAUUAAAUAAAAUACACAAAUUAAAUGGCUUUGUCCUGAAGUAUAGGGGGUAAACUAAAAUCCACUCUUAGAUAUUCUUCAGUUUGGUUAGCUGAGAGUAUAGAAACAACUAUCUAGCCAUUUAAAUUAUUAUUGUGAAAUUUCUGCAUACAUGACAAUCUCAGCUUUUGAUUUAGGAGAGACUUAGGACAACAUUAUAAGAAAUUUAGCAAAUACAAACAGAAUACUAUAAAUUCGUUAGAAGCCUUUUAGUAUGUGUUGAAUAUGAAGCCUUUUAGUAUGUGUUGACUGUGGUUUCAUUUUUGCUGUAAGAGGCCAAGACAUCCACUUAAUGCCUCCUGUGGUGCUGAGGCUCCUGGGCCUUGUGGACAAACUCGGGUUCCCUGCUGGGGCUGACCUAGUGCAUAGUUUUCUCCAGCCUUCAGAGCCAAGCUUUCAUUGCUUGAAUCUUCUUAUGAAAACAUAAGCGGUGGUUAGCUCUCAUUUACUUUCUUCUUUGUGUUGAGAAAUAUACCUGUUAAAACAAGGCUUCUCUCCUGUGGUAGCUUUCUCUCCUUUCUCAUUCCUGGCCAUUGCCGCAGAACUGUCAGAAUUUAUCUGACUUGCUAGAACCCAGAACUGUCUUCCUGCCUUCUUCCCCUCCUGUGCCACCUUAUACAUACACACUGUAAACAGAAAAAUGCUUUCUUGGGUAAUUAGGCUUCAACUUAGAUAUUUUCAUGUGGAUGAAAGAUGAUCAUUUAAGUAACUUUGUAAAUCUGAGACUUUGUAAGCCUAAAAAAUUAAGCUUCACUGUUUUGCUUGCUUUUAUGUAUGUUAUGGUUUUUUAAAGUGAAGUCCUAAAAUCAGUCAAAAUUGAUUAUACUAAUUGAUUAUACUAAAACUCAGAAGAAAUUACACAACACAUACUGCUUCACAUAGCACGUAAACUGAUGAAGCCAAGUGAUGGUAAAGAAUGAGAAAUUCUAAAAACUUCAGAUUAGUUUUUGAUAAAUUCCUUGCAUGAUUGAUAUGUCAUGCACAAGGGAAACUUUGUAUGCUUUUAUAUCCUUAACUUUUCAAAAGUGACUAGUCUUUUCCUUAAAUCAGAAAUGUUUAACCUGGAAUACAAAACUCCUUGGACGUGCUUAUGAGUUGUAUGUGUGUACAGAUGUUCAUUUUUUUGGGGGGGGGGAGAAUAUUCAUAGUUACUAGACUUGUCAAAGCGUUUGGUGACCCAUCUCCCCCCCAGCUGAAGUGGGAGAAAAUGUUAAAAAAACAUUUAGAGCAUCACUUCUUAGUGCCACUGUAGGAUAUAGACCUGGACUGAAUAAUUUUGAUCAUAUGAUGAAUGUUAAGUGCCUCUUUAUUUUCUUAAAGAUUCCAUUAGGAAAUAUUUUCUGAUUAAUAAUACUUUCCUUUUUAUUCCACCAUUGCAUUUUGUUUUUACAGGUGGUACUUUUGUAUACUCUCCUCUUAUUUCAGCAGAGCAUUAAUUAAAUAUUUAGUGCCUGUUCUGUGUAGUGGCUCGAGGUAGAUCUUGAGGGAUACCAGUUAAAUAAAGUAUAGAUCCUGUUAUAUAUUAUCAAGGAUAACAGUCUUGUGACAAUUUUAGUUCAGUUAUUUCUAUAGGGUCACCUCUUGAUAUAUUUUAACUAUAAGAGCAGCCAUGGUAGUCCACUCAUUUCAUUAUUCAUUGCUUUGACAGGACAACGAAGGAUAUUGAAUACUGAUACUUGAAAUUUUGAAAUAUAUGAUAAUUUAGAGAGAGUGAAAAAAAUUUUAACAGGGGAGACAUACAUUCAUUAUUCUAACUGAAGUAUUGCUCAGUCAUGGGCAUAUACUCAUGUCUUAUUCUUUAGUGUUGUGGUAGGUAGUUAAGUAUAGGUUCCUCUAGAUACACAUAUAUAUAUAUAUAUUCUUUUAAAGAAAGCUUCAUUGCAUUGUGUGCACAUUUUUACUGACAUGGCUCCUAUUUGUACAGUAUUCCAAGCCCCUUCAAGACUGACAGAGCUCUCUUCUGCUGUAAUGCAGGUACAUAGGGAGCUGCUCGUAAGGAGGCAUUACCUCAGGGAGUCAAGAGCAAGGAACGAAUUGCAGGCUUAUUGAAACUCUCAAAAUGAAGAGCACCAAGUUACGUGUGCACAUAUAAAAACGAGAGGACAUUCCAUCCUAUGUUGAGUUGUAAGGCUUUGGAUUCUUUGGUUUAUUUGAUGAUGAAGCUUUCCCAUAUCUGCUUAAGAGGUGCAUAUCAUACAGUUGAGAGCACAAUAACUUAAAAUUUUUUUUCUUUAAAAGAGGUGAUACUGCAAAAUGCCAUUAUAUGUCUUUUUCUAUAAAAUAUGAUUAAGUCAUAUAUCUGGUUUCAAGCUAGUUCUUCUGCUGUUGGUGCUGUGUCUUUCUCCUCUCAGUCUUUUUAUCUGAAUAUCUACUAUGUUGUCUCCUUGUGCUGAAUAGUCACACAUGAAAUGCUGAGUGAGCCGGUUAGACACUUUGCUGAUACAGAAGUAAAAAUGGGAUUUAGAGAAGUUAUUCAGGCAGAUUUGGAGAAAGGCUUCAUAGGAAAUGUCUGACUUUUGCUUUUGAAGGAUGGCUUGAAAUUAAAUGAUGAAAUUGGAAAAUACAGUAAAGGGAACAGAUUGAAUGAAAAAUUGAGGAUGGAGAUUAGCACGGUCUUUGAAGGGUCAGGAGAGGAUAGUAAGGAGAUGGACUUGUCUGAGGUUAUUACAGGUCAUGUAGGAAGGUGAGGUAAAUGUGCAAAAGCCUUGAUAACUAGGAAGAAGAGUUUAGUCUUGAUGUGGAUGUGGUCAGUGGUAGAGAACUACAUGUUCUUUGGCAAAGAUGUAACUUGAUUGCAGCGUUUUAAGAAGAUUGAUACAUUUGCUGGAAAUUAGUACCAGUUAGAAAGUAGUUCCUGUAUGUCAUUGCUGAGCAGUGAAAAUAAGAUGGCCUGGACACAAAUAGUAAUACUAGUAGGAUUGCAGAAGAAAUUAUGAAUUAGAAGUCAGAAUGAGAUGCAGGGAAAGGCCUUUGGGUUUGGCCAUGUCUCUAGUGAUCUUUAAAACUGCUGCUUUCAUAAAAAGAUACAGAUGGAAGGGCAGAUUUCUAGGAUUCACGAGGAAAUGUCAGGGAUGUAGAGGCAGCAGUCAUUGGCUAAAGACAUUUGGCAACAAGAGGGAAGGGAGAAACAAGAUGCUAACUAGACGAGUCGUAGAUCUUAGAAGGCAUUGCUUUAAGAUAAGGGAGCUGAAUAUUUAACACAGAAUUUACAGAGUCGAGUGAGAGAACAGCAUAGAUAGUAUGGAAGAGAAGAUAGGCUAACCAGUGGAGUAAAAGAUUUCUGUAGGUGUUUGGAAGAGAUACACCCCUGAGAUGAGGUUAGGUUAUAGCUUAACUUAAUCGAGAUGGGCUAUAUCUUCCUUUGUUUUUUGUAAAAAACAAUAUGAAAAUCUAGGCGAAAGAAGAUGAGAUUAGAGAAAAUGAAGUUAGAUGAAGGUGCUCGUAUGAGUUAUUCUUAGAUGCAUAUCGUGAGAAAAUGGGGGUGAAAGACUGGAGUUGGGAACCUGUUGUUUUUUUUUAAAAAAAAAAAGAGGGAGAGAAAGAAGUCUGUGAGAAUAAGCCUAGAAUUCAUCAGAAAGAAAUUUAAGAAUUGAGUCAAGAUAAGGAUCAAAUUUAAGAGUCAGAUAUGUAUAGUUUUGUAUGUUGUGGUGAUUCAGCAGGAGUGGACAAAGCAUAUAUGAGAGUUUGUUUAGAGGGUGAAGAGAAAAGAACACAAAGAUAAUUAAGAAGGUAAAACUGAUGAUGUGAUCUUGUGAUCCAGAGUUCAUUGAUUUUAUAUGUUGAUGAGGACAAAGAACCAGUAUAGUAUUGUUAAGAGAAGGGCAGAUUAAGAGACUAGUCAGUGUGAUGACCACUCAACACUACAUGACAAGUGAGAACCAGAAAAAGGAUUGUAGAUAGAUGUCUAACAUUAGGGCUGGAGGUUGGAAAGAAGGCAAGCUUUCAUUACCUCUGUGGUCUUUACUCGCCCAGCUUUCCCUCUAGUCCUUUUGUUGAGAGUAGGAAGUCAGACUGUGUGAGAGAGAAUUGUAGAAAGCAUGGUAUUACCAGAGGAAUCCUGAAUCAUGUUUCCUAUAAGUUGAAGGCGAUCCAGAGGAGAACAUCCCACAGUGGAGGGAACACUGCUUCCUCAAAGCACAGUAGGAGGAUGUGAACACAUAGUACAAGGGGAGGCCUGGGGAAAGCCAGAGAUGAGAUUGGGCAGCGUAGGUAUCCCCAGGGAGUGUGUUACUUACGAUGCGCAAGGUUUAGACAGAGGAAGUAGGUGCAUGUGAAGAGUCUGGUAGCUUGGAGCUUUGGGGAGUCUACCCUAAGUUUGAGUUAUAUAAAAAUACGGUUUACACCUAUUGGUACCUAGAAUUGAAGGCAGGCCUACGCAGUAUAAGCUGCUUGAGAAUUAGACUGAAGUACCUAGAAAUUCCAUGAACCAGAUGGAAAUUACUGUACUCGAGAGCCAAUCCAUUUUCUUCAGGUUCCUUCACACCAGACUUCAUAAAGCAGCUAUUGACUUCACUUUGUUCUUAGCCAGCUUCACAUUUUAUGAUUAUUUUCAAGUUCCUGGAAGCUCCAGCCCAACCCCUAAGAACAUACUGUGCUUUGAACAGUUUGCUGUUGCAGCUCCUGGUUUGGUCCUAAGACCUACUAUUGUGCUGUGUUAUAAGCAACAGCCUCAAAGCUUUUUUUCCCUUCCAUAUAAUUUAUAAAGCCUUUAAAGAACACAGUACCCUUUUUUUUUUUAAGUUGAAAUUCACAUAACAUACAAUUAAGUACUUUAAAGUGUACAAUUUGGUGGCCUAGUAGGACUGUUCUUUAAUUAUCUUAAUGUUAAAAUUGAAUAAAUAACCCACUCUGGCUGUGAGAAAUUUGGCCCAUCCUUGUUGGGGCUGUGUGGUAAUAGCUGCAUCUAGACUCAGGUAAAAAUGUUUAAAGUAACUGUCUGAGUAGUUAGUUCUUAAGUGGUAAUUUUCUGUCUUCAUGACAUUUGACUAGUACAUUACAGAAAAAAAGGCUUCCUUAGCAAGGAAGCCUCACUCUGUGUCUGGGGUGAGAUUGAGUUGGUAUGUGUGCAUGUACAUAGACUUACGUAUAGUAAUUUUCAUUUAAAUCCUCUACUUAGUGAAUACGGCAGAGGAAAACGUCUCAGGCCAUCUCCCUGUGACUUUUUGUGUAUUUACUCCUUCUGUGUUCUCAUUAGUUCUUGCAUUUAGGAUAAGAGCUGUAUUCAUAUUCCGUCCUUCUCUAAAGUUUUUUUUUCUUUUUCUUUUUUUUUAAUGGGAAUUAAAGUCCUCUUCAUAGGCAGCAAGGUUACAAUAUAGGUGCCUACUUCACCCCUGGUUAUGCUUUAUCUGAACAAAUAUUUUCAUAGCUUUUCCUCAUCAGUUUUCACUUCCACUACUGAACAUAUCCAUCCCAUAUACUCUUUAGGAAAACCUAAGGAAAGGAUAAAAAGAAGAAAAAGAUGUUUUAUUAUACAGUCCUAAAACUUCAGAGCUGUGAAACAGAUAGCAUAGCCUUUAAUGAUCCUUCUUUUGAAGACCAAAUAAUAAUAAUGAUAUUAAUAAACAAGGCUCAGAAGGAUUGUGGUUUGCCCACAAUCACAUUCUAACAGUUUAAAGUUUUGUUAGCCCUCACCUUUCGUAUAUAUAAUUCAAGGAGAAGAAAACUUUAAGAUUCAGAACAUCUCUCUUCUUUAAACUUCAUUGUGUCUUACAGUUUAUUAUAGUAGUUCUCACAAGUCAAGGGCUUUCAGCUGUGAAUAUCAGUGCAAAUAAUGAAUUUAAAUUGUUCAGAUUGUCCAUCUGUUGGCAACUGUUAUUAUAGACCGUUUAAGUUGUUAAAACAGCCUUGUGUUAUAUGUGGCCUAGUGAUCUUGGAGUAACUUUAGUGCGGGGAGAUAGAAACUUCACAGGUACUCGUAAUGUGAGUAUAUGUAAUUCAAGAAGAAAACUUCAAGAUUCAGAACAUUUCUCUAAACUUCAUUGUGUCUUAUAGUUUAUUAUAGCCGUUCUCACAAGUCAGAGGCUUUCAACUGUGAAUAUCAGUACAAAUAAUGAAUUUAAGGCAUUCAGAUUGUCCAUCUGUUGGCAACUGUUAUUACAGACCCUGUAAGUUGUUAAAACAGCCUUGUGUUAAAUGUUUCCUGGUGAUCAUGGAGUAAAUUUAAUGGGGGGGGGAGAUCGAAACUUCACAGGUACUCUUAAUGUGACUUAAAUACAGAUGUCAGAACCGAAAUAAAGAGUAAAACAGAGGUGGAACUAAAUUUACCCAGAAUUUUUCUGCAGUGCCAGAGAGCAUUUAAGCAUCAACCUGCAUGACCACUAGACUGCUGAUAACUCUAAUACUACAGAAUGAAAACAAUUCUUACAGUAAUGGCACCAAGAUGUACUGCACCCACACCAAAGGGGUGAUCUCAGAUUCAUCCCUGAAGAGCGAUUGUAUGCUACACCGUGUAAAAUGAUAGCAUAUCUGCUGAUUUUUUUUUCCAAUCAAGGAGGUGGUGGUUUUCAGCAUAAUGAAAAAGAGGGGAAGCUCCACAAGGAUUUAAAGUUGAUAAUACCAUCAUCGUCUCCAAGAAGAAAUGCAGGGAUGCCGACUGCAAUCAACUUUUAUAGCCUAGUGCUGUUUCCUCAUAUGGUGAGAUCUCUUCCCAGGGACUGUACCUGCAUUUCUACUCUGCUGUCGUCAGUCUUGCGUAUGGAAGCAAUGUGUCUAUGGAGCAGAACGUAGCAAUCUGGAAUAUUACUGGAAUGUUUUUAAACGUUGUUUUAUGUGUUGGCAUUGGCAAGAAAACUGACACUGAAGCCAUUCUUUUUUUUUUUUUUCUUUAUUAUGUCUAUAAAUUGAGUAUUCAGCUAAAGGAAAAGGAGGCUCUGGGUUAUGACUUCAUCAACAGAGUAGGAAGAUUUCUUACUGACCUUAAGCUGAGUGUUAUUUAACUUAUGUUGUCUCUAUUAAAAUAAUAUUUUACUAAAA